AUGUCGAAAUUGCGGAAGUGUUGUGUUGUAGGUUGCAAUGCCAAUAACAAAACUCAUCGCCUUUUUAACUUUCCAAAGGACGAUAAAUUACGGGAAUUGUGGUUGUCUUUCUUGGUGCCUGUUAAUAUUGAGCUCAGCGGUUUGUCUAAGGAACAAUUGUUAAAUAGAUAUGUGUGCCAAAAGCAUUUUGACAGACAGCAGUUUGACGGUAUGGGUAACCGUCUUGCACAUGGUUAUCCGUGCUUAUUUACUGCAAGUGAAAUACUGCACGGCAUUCCCUUGAACUCUUCGACUGCUCAUGCUUUGAGUGAUCACAACUAUGGUUUACAACUAGCUGUCUUAGAAGAUUCAACUGAUUUCACUAAUAAUACCGUAAUCAACUCACAAGACCACAUUAGUGAUCAUAAUUAUGUUUUAAAAUGUAAUGUUGAAAAGGAGCCGCCAAUUGAAGAAUCCACAAAUUCUAAAACUAAUGGACACACAUGUACUACUGACACAUUACAAUUAACAGAACCUGCAGAAAUUGUGUCAAACUUCUCUAUAUCAUCAUCAAAUGCAGAACCAAGAGAUGGGAUUGGCAAUAUUGAGAAAAAUCGAAAAAUAAAUGCACCAAAAAAAAUUCAAUGUGGAGGUAUAGUAUUUUUUAACACAUACCUCAUAAGAUAA